ACUGUUUAUCUUUUCUCCGUCUUUCUUCUUCCUCCAUUCUCCAUCCGUCAUCGAUCGAUCAUACUUUAUGAUGAUCGUUCCUCCAUUGCUCAUCUUUCAUCUUUGAUCCUGCACCAUUCAUCCUUCCCCAUUUUCCUCCUACUUCAUGCACCAUACUUUUUAAGCUGUUUUUUUUAUCACUUUAUACUUGAAAUCAGUUUUGACACCUCUUCCUUAUACUUUUGCACAGAUCUUUGCACAUUUGAACUUGACGCUAAGCUAUGGUCGAAGCAGGGAGUAUUGUGCUUUGGUCUGCGCUCCUAGUACUGAUCGUCGUUAAUAUUGUGGGAAAUUCUCUUGUCUGCUGGAUUAUAAGGAAAAAUCGAGAAAUGAGGACCCAUCUAAAUUACUUAAUCGUUAACCUAGCAGUAGCGGACAUGAUGUACGCGAUUUUUACGGCACCAGUGUUCUUUGUCAAGUUUGCUGGUGUGCAUCCGGAUGGGAUAGGUGGCUUAGUUCUAUGCAAACUUGUGACAGGAGGAAAUUUGUCAUGGUUCGGAGCUGCUUCCUCGGUUGUCACACUGGUCGCCAUCGCCGUUGAACGACAUAACGCUGUGUUGUAUCCCUUCAGCAACAGAGGAGCACUGAACACGUUUAGAUUGAAGGUAUGGGAUUACAUCUUUCGAAGAAGAUAUUAUGAUACAGCUUCACGAGGUAACUAUGGUGUACAUAUUUGCAAACAGGUGAUCAUUGCCAGUUCUUGGAUUUUCUCGACCUUUCUCAACAUCCCAUCGUUCCUGGCAGUCCGCCUUAAUGAGACUGCAAACGAAUGCGCAGAGCAUUUCCCAAGAGAGUGGAUGGCAAAAGCCAUGACCUGGUUGUGGUUUCUUUUGACGGCUCUUUCCACUGCGUUGAUGGCUUCUCUGUACUCUAGAGUUGUGUAUAACCUAUGGAUCAAGGGCAAUGAAAAAGAUCAGCUUACCCAGCAGCAAAUGGUAACAGUAAAAGUUGUGAUGAGGGUGAGAAAGCGGGUCACUUCGAUGGUGGUUACUGUCAGUGCUCUCUUUAGCACAUGUUGGUGCGCAUCUGGUGCCAUUUACAUUGUGUCAUACACUACCUAUGCAUCCAUCGACUAUAACAACGACUAUUUGCCAAUUUCUUACAUAACCGUCAUGUUCAACUCCGCCGUCAACCCGUUUACUUACGCUCUGUUAAACAGACGAUUCAGGAGGAAAAUAAAGAUGAAGUUUUUUUCUGGAUGUUUCUCUUCAUCCACGGUCAAACCCAGCGCCGGCAGAGAGUCAUGCAGCACCGAGACCACGACAACGCAUUUUGGAGCCUUGAGUCUACCGUUAGCGACCAAACCGAUGACACGAGGCUGA